UAUACCAGGGCUAAUAUUUACACAUUUUGAGAUUAUAAAUCGUUAAAACUUAGAGAGUCACAGGUAGACGCUUCAACGUUAAUUAUAGAAACAUCCGUGUCUACGUGAAUGGUCUUGCAUUCCCAAAUCCGUCCGCAAUCAUACCUGUACUACAAAGAUUGCAGAUAAUAUUAGCAAGCAUCACUUGGCAGCUGCAUAUCGAGGAGCUGAAAUCGAAACUUAACACAUUUUGCAUUCGUUCGGUUUCGAUAGCUAUGUAGACUGCGUUUUAAGCGACAGUUUUAAAAUUGAAAUUCUGUUGCUCUUUCUUCUGUGCUGGCUUUGCACUGUUGUUCUCCGGAGGUAGAGACUGUUUGCGAUGGUCAUUUGACCUAACAAGUUACUGAGUCGGAGCAGCAAGACUCGUCACUAAAGGCAAUAUGAAGCGGAGGGCUGAGAUCCCGGACGGUAAAUCAAAGUGGAAAAGGAGACGUCCGGAGGAGGAGGAGGAGGCGAGCUCUGACGAUGACGAGUCAUCACAAAGAGCCAACAGCCAGGACUCCAGCCAGAGUGAGUCUCUGAGCGAUCCUGAGGAUUGCAGACCCAGUUUCUCAAGGCCUCCACAAUCCCAGAAUGCCCAGAAGAGUGAACCUCCCAAUCAAGGGUCUUCUCAGUUUUCUAUGUACAAUAGUGUCUCACAGAAACUCAUGGCCAAAAUGGGUUUCAGAGAAGGCGAGGGUUUGGGGAAGUUUGGACAGGGUCGGAGAGAGAUUGUGGAAGCGUCAACGCAGCGUGGGCGACGUGGUUUGGGUCUGACCCUGCAGGGUUUUCAGGGUGAACUCAACGUUGACUGGCGGGAUGAACCUGAGCCCAGCGCUAUUGAGCGAGUGCAGUGGUUUCCAGAAUGUACUACUGAGAUCCCAGACUCCGACGAAUUAAGAGACUGGAUGGCUGUGGGACAGAGAAAGCUGAAGAUUGAGGAUGAAACAGAGUUCUGUUCCGAGGAUCUGCUGCACCUUCUUCUCCGCUGCAAGAGUGUGUUCGAUGACUUAGAAGGUGAAGAAAUGAGGCGUGCCCGCACUCGUGCUAACCCGUUUGAAACAAUACGAGGAGCCUUCUUCCUGAACAGAGCUGCAAUGAAGAUGGCCAAUAUGGAUUAUGUGUUUGACUUCAUGUUCACCAACCCAAAAGAUUCACAUGGGAAGUCACUGACGCGUGAUAAAGAGGGCGAGUUGUUAUAUUUCGGGGAUGUGUGCGCGGGUCCAGGGGGAUUCUCGGAGUAUGUGUUGUGGAGACGCCACUGGCACGCCAAGGGCUUUGGCAUGACGCUGAGAGGAGCAAAUGACUUCAAACUGGAGGACUUCUAUGCUGCUCCCAGUGAACUCUUUGAGCCCUACUAUGGAGAGGGUGGGGUUGACGGCGAUGGUGACAUCACAAGACCAGAGAACAUCAGUGCCUUCAGAAACUUUGUCUUGGAGAACACGGACCGCCGUGGUCUGCACUUCCUCAUGGCUGAUGGGGGCUUUUCAGUGGAGGGACAGGAGAAUAUUCAGGAGAUUUUGAGCAAACAGCUGCUGCUGUGUCAGUUCCUCACUGCACUGUCUGUCCUCAGAACAGGGGGCCAUUUUGUCUGUAAGACUUUUGACCUCUUCACGCCCUUCAGCGUUGGGCUAAUCUAUUUGCUCUACCUGUGCUUCGAACGAAUCUCUCUCUUCAAACCUGUCACCAGCAGACCAGCCAACUCAGAGAGGUACGUGGUGUGUAAGGGUUUGAAGCCUGGCUCUGAGGCAGUGAGGGAGUAUCUGUUUGGUGUGAAUCUGAAACUGAAUCAUUUCCGACACUCGGACAGAGAUGUCGUAGAGGUGGUCCCUCUUGACAUUAUAAAAGGAGAUCUGGAUUUCUACCACACGAUGGUCAACUCUAAUGAAAGUCAUUGUGCUGUGCAGGUCAAAGCUCUGGCCAAAAUCCACGCCUACGUUUUAGACACGACGUUAUCUGAGCCCAGGCAGGCGGAGAUUCGUAAAGAAUGUCUGAAGCUGUGGGGGAUUCCUGAUAAAGCUAGGGUUACACCUGCAACCUCAGACCCCAAAUCCAAGUUCUAUGAACUUGUUAAGGGUGCAGACAUGGACUACUUUAACUGUAAGCCAACAGCCUUAACAUCAGACACUCUAGACAAGUUACAGCAUGUUCUAGACCACAGGUGCAUUGUAGGAGGUGGAGAGCAGCUCUUCUUGUUGGGACUUGGGAAAUCUCAGAUCUACACAUGGGACGGGAAAGUUCCUCUGCGCUGGAGAAAACUGGAGAACUUCAAGCUGGAACUACCCAGAGAUACUUUACUGAGUGUGGAGAUAGUUCAGGAACUAAAAGGAGAGGGAAAAGCCCAGCGGCGUAUCAACGCUGUUCAUGUUCUUGAUGCUCUUGUUCUGAAUGGGACAGACGUGAGAGAUCAGCAUUUUAACCAGAGAAUUCAGAUGGCUGAGAAGUUUGUAAGAGCUGUGUCAAAACCGAGUCGUCCUGACAUGAACCCCAUCAGAGUGAAGGAGGUGUAUCGAUUGGAAGAGAUGGAGAAGAUCUUUGUGAGACUGGAGAUGAAGGUGACGAAGAGUUCAGGGGGAAUGCCACGACUGUCCUACACAGGCAGAGACGACCGUCACUUCCUCCCCAGCGGUCUCUACAUCAUCAAAACUGUCAACGACCCAUGGACAAUGGGAAUCAGUAAGACCUCACAAAGGAAAUUUUUUUACAACAAACAGACAAAAGACUCAACCUAUGACCUGCCACCCAGCUCUGUGGCACCAUUUCACGUCUGUCACCAAGAGCGGCUGUUUUGGGCCUGGGAAGAUGGGGUCAGAGUUCAUGAUUCUCAGACACGUAUUGACCCUAAGAAGUUGUCUAAAGAAGACGUGCUUUCAUUCAUCCAUCAGCACAGUCCACGGUGAACAGACGCACACAGCGGAUCUGUGGACUGGACACGGUGCAGGGGAGGGAGUGCCGCAGGACUGGCCUUAUGGCACUGAACUGGAAGAUGGAAAAAAUUUAAAUUCCACGUAACAUGAGAGAUGCAUGCUUUUGUUCUUCAAUCUUAUUUGUUCCCAAUUUUCAAACACUGUGUGUUUGGUGAGGCGUGUUGCAUGUGUUUGGAAUACUACCACUGAGACCAGGAAGGUUUUUCUCAGGUCUCUGAUUUCUGAAACAACAGAGUCCACCUGCCUCUCCAUCAGCUAAGUCCAGUGGCUUUAGAGCUUGUAUGCCAGCUCAGAAAGAACAAAGUCAAAAAUCUGGUGUUAAUUUAGAAUUCAGUAUGUUCAGUGCAACAUUUCUAAAUCAUAUGGCCUUACAUUACCAGUUGACCAACAAGCUGAAAUUCAAGCAUCAUUUUAGCCUUUAGUGUUGGGGCUUUAAAACUGUCUUGGAAAUAAUGUCUUAAUUUUUUUUCGACACUGUUUCAUCUGAAUCUGCAACUGAAGGAUUCUACCACAACAAUGCUGAGGAUCUGAAUUAAAUGUACAGUGAUCUG